UCACUGCUGGGCACUGACUGGCGGCACUGACUGGCACAACCCCUGGGCACUGACUGGCAGCACUGCUGGGCUGCACUGGUGGAUGGCACUGGUGGGCAGCACUGGUGGGUGGGCACAGGUGGGUGGCACUGGUGGGCACAGGUGGGUGGCACUGGUGGGCACAGGCGGGUGGCACUUCUGGGCACAGGUGUGUGACACUGCAGAGUGGCACAGGUGGGCGGAGCUAGUGGGCGCACUGCUGGGCACAGGUGGGCGGAACUUGCGGGUGGCACUGCUGGGCACGGAUCAUCAGGGCACUGAUCAUCAGUGCCCUGAUGAUCGGUGCCGAUCCCUGCUCUGACAACUGCCGGUUCUCGGCAGUACUUUCCUCAUGAUCUGACAGCGUGAGGAAAGUGCAGCCGAGAACCGGCACUUGCAU